GAAACAAAACUUCCUACACGAAGUAAUGAACCAGUGCCUCCUACACAAAGUAAUGAACCAGUGCCUCCUACACGAAGUAAUGAACCAGUGCCUGCUAAACGAAGUAAUGAACCAGUGCCUUUUACAAAAAAUAAGAUUACCCUUUUCAAAAGUGAAUACGAGCAUUUUCGAAAAUGGCCAUGGGUCGUCAAAACACCAGAAUCGUCCUUUAUUGUACAAGCCAAACUUAAAGAAAUUAUAAAUGAUUAUAAUGUUGAGUACACAAGAAAAGACAAUCCUAUUCUUUUAUCAAUUGUGGAUACGGCUUAUCCGGAAGAUUGGAUUAGAAUAAAAUUUGCCCAAAACGAAUGGGAUCAGAUGAGCGAUACAUCAGAAUGUUUUAUUAAUAAAGCAGUAAAAGAAACAAUAAAUGCUGAUAAAACUUGGCAAGCGAAUGUAAUUACAUUUACUUUAGAACGAAGAAGAAUUUUGAUUUCAUCAGACGAAGAACCUACAGAGGGAACAGUACAUGGAUAUCAAAGUACAGAAAAAUUUCUUGUAUAUGAAAUUUCAAAAAGCCCUUCCAACCAAUCUGGAGAAAAAAGCAUCUCGGAUAGAUAUAAAUUGUAUAAAACGAUGAAAGACAACUAUGAUACGAUUGUGUCAUAUUUUUACAAUCAAUUUGGUGAAUACAUGUAUCAGAAUCACAGUUUGAGAAAUUUGGAAAUUUAUGGAAUUCUAGUAUCCGGAUUUGAAUUAGAGAUUUUCGUGCUUGAUCAGCCAGGAGCUGUCGUCAGUCGGGUUCGCCGUAUAACCAGAAUUGAAAUUCCGGUUAAUAUAAAAAAUAAUGAUUAUUAUUUGUGGAUAGAUCGUUUAGUAUAUGCAUUAAAUACUCAACAUUCCUUGCUAAAUAAAUUAAUUAGUAAGUUGAAAAGGGAAAAGUUACGAGAUGAAGAAUAUAAAGGGUUCCUAUUUUCUACUAUUCCAAAAUCAAUAGGUUCACCAUAG